GCCAGCAGACCAUUUAUCAGGAAGACUCUAGCCCACAAAAGUGGUCUCAAGGCUUCAAAGGAACAUUCACCCUGGUAAUUCGUACAAUAAAGUACAAAAAUUCAAAGAUUAUAAAAGGCUAUAGCACCAAUUAUUGUCAAUAUCAUUCUGUUGGCGGCGGUGCUGCUGGAUUUAGAGUAUACUAUGCUGGUUACAAGACAGAAGACCUCACGGAUCACCCUCAUUUUUGCAUGUCUGUUUGGAAUGACGAUUUCCGUCGUUCAAUGCCAAGCGUUCGCAAAUCGAACUUACUCUUGCAACUUUGAGGUUGAAGGCGAAUGCCAAUGGAGCCAAGAUCGUGUUAGCGAUAAUUUAAAUUGGGUAAGAAAACAAGGCCACAUAAGAGUACCCGAGGGAAUAAUCUAUGAAGGUCCAUUUGCAGAUCAUACGAUGGGUUUAGGCGUUCUGAAAAGCAAAACUCAAGGACCAGGUGCACUGCAAUUCCGCGGAGGAAAGUGUAUUCAUAUAUCUCACGGUGGUUUUACUAAACCAAAUGAUGGAAAAAGACUUGCAAUACACCGUGUCUGUAAUGAGGAAAGAUUGCAGUUCGAGUUAGGAUCAGACGGAAUAUUGAGGCACACUAAACAUAACAUGUCUGUGAAGCCCAUAGGGCCAGUGAUAAAUAGAGUGGAAGUUGGUCUUUAUAGAAAUUGCACAAAAACUGACACAUGGAGCUGGACAAAAAGCGGAUCCCUUCAGUAUCAGAAAAAAAUGUGUCUAACAACGAAGAAUGGAGUGCACCAUGUGGAUGGCGAGAGUCUUGUGCUUAGUUCUGUUUGUGAUCAGCUACAAAAUUUCAUUAAGUUUGUACCCAUUGGACUAGGUUGGUACCUAUACAUGGAAAAUUCUCCAUUAUCCGGAAGAAAUCGUAGUGAAAGUGCACGAUUCAUCUCCCCAAAGAUUACUGAAGCAAAAUCGUGUCUUCAAUUCUACUAUCGCAUGUUCGGCCAGCCUGCUGGAAGUUUACAGGUGUAUGUGUCGUCUGAAGGUGGUAUGGGAUUCCCCUUGAAGAGUUUCUAUGGUCCCCGCUGUAGAGACUGGCAUCGAGCACAGGUCGCUGUAAACAAACAAACGACUCCAUAUCAGUACGUUAUCGAGGGUGUACGUGGUGUCAAUGACGUGGGGAAUAUUGCCAUUGAUGAUAUUUCUGUGAGGGAUUCUUGCAAUGAACCAUUAGAACCAGAGCACCCGCCAACCAGUAGCAUUUCACAACUAAAUGCGACGACACAUCAGCCCUUUGAAGUCCUUAAUGAAGCGAACAUUUCGAGCAAAGUCUCCAUUAUCAUAGCGGUGAAUUCAUGUGCACUACUUCUGUUAUUUGUAAUCAAUAUUUUUGUGCUGCUAAAAUGCAGACGACGAAAUCAGAAGCCAAAGUUAUCAACUCCGGACCCGGGCAAUAUUGCACUAACGGUUGACGAAAGCUUAAAAGAGCCAUCGAGAGUCAUUGAGGAAUCAGUCUUGGAAAGAAGUGACUCGUAUGUUAUACCGGCCGAAAAGGAAACAAAUACGUACGAAGAAGUUAAAGAUGCUUUGAAUUCUGACUAUACUCAACUCGAUCAAUCUAAAUGCAGAGAUGAAACAGAUGAUGGCCAAUACCAGAAAUUAUUGAAGCGAAUAUAGGGCCGUACUAAGACGUGGUUGCGUCAAAAUUACCAAGAGCUUAAGUCCCCGUUUAAACUAUACCAGAUUCACUCAUUGCGUUAGAAAAUUUUUCACAUAGGCUUGAUAGAUCUCUGUUUCAGUUGAAGUACCCAAAAGACACUGAAAUCACCAUCAAGGUUUUCCACGGACUGCACGGGAACGUAAACUUUAAUUCAUAUUUAAAGGGAUAUGGCAACAAGAAAUAUUUCUGUUUUGUUGAAAAGAAAAUUUACACUUCUUAUAAAGCCUUGCUACAAAAUUUGUUUAUCUUCCUUACUUCGCAAGUGUUGGCGAUCAAAAGCAACGCCUAUCGCGAUACAUCCGCCAUCUUGUUUUAUAUUGAGAUCUAAUUACGUGACGUCAAAAACAGCGUUGAGCCUAAAAAAUAACAACUACGUGUUUAUGUU